AUAGUGCAUGCAUCCCAAAGAUGUCUCUGAAGAAGCUAUGUUUGCUGGCUGCUGUAGCCGUUCUGUUUUGUGUGUACGCUGUAGGACAGUUACUGCACGUGCUCUUCGCGCUCCUCAGAAACCCACGCAAAGUGAUGAAAAGGACAGCUAGAGACAUUCCUCCAGCCUGUCUGCUGGACCCUGCUCUGGGCUCCCACGAGUACGUGACGGCCAAUGGACUAAAGUUCCACUGCGUCUGUGCAGGAGACACGUCCAAACCUCUCAUGUUGCUGCUUCACGGCUUCCCCGAGUUCUGGUUUUCGUGGCGUCAUCAAUUGAAGGCCUUCUGCAAAGACUACCACGUGGUGGCUGUCGAUAUGAGAGGGUAUGGUGACACGGACCACCCAGUGGGGUCCUCAGAAUACUCCUUCAACCACCUCACUACAGACAUUGUCGAACUCAUCCCCGCCCUCGGCCACUCCUCUUGCGUCCUCGUCGGCCACGACUGGGGAGGCGUGGUCUCAUGGAGAGUAACUCAGAGGUAUCCGGAGUUGGUUGAUAGACAUAUUGUCCUGAACUGUCCUCAUGGAAGGGUGUUCAAAAAGUUCCUUGAGAAUAGCUGGACACAGUUGAGGAGAUCUUGGUUCAUAUUCUUGUUCCAGAUCCCGAGACUGCCUGAGGCUCUGAUCAGUCUCCAGGACUACCAGUUUCUGGAGCAACUCUUCACCAGCCACACCUCAGGAGUCAAGAACAGAGAUCAGUUCCCGGCUGAAGUGGUGGAGGCCUACAAGUACACGUUCUCCAGGCCAGGAGGGCUCACUGGACCCAUCAAUUACUAUCGUGCCAUGUUCUCAUCUCCCAAGGACAGCUUGCCUCGCGAGAAGUGGACAAUUUCUGUCCCAACUCUCAUCAUAUGGGGAGAUGAUGAUCACGUGCUGCAGAGAGAGAUGGCAGACUGCCACGACACCAUCUGCUCUGACCUGACUGUGAAACAUAUUCCCAACUGUAGUCACUGGGUCCAGCAAGAUGUGCCGGACCUCUGCAACCAGCACAUGACUGACUUUCUCUCUACUAAAUCUGUUUCAAUGUAGUUUAUG